UGCAUUAGUCAUCUAACCCCUGAGGUGGAGGGGACUGAAACCGAAUAAUUUUGAUUUUAGACAAUUCUAAAUUAGUUAUAUUUAUAUUUUGUGUGUUAAAACAUUGCAAAGUUUUAUUUAUUUGUAUAAAAUGUCGAAUAACAAUAGUUAUAGAACGGUUUAUGCUUUUGCUAGGGAAAUGUAUCCAAAGAAAAAAGACUCGUUUUUGCAAUAUGGGACAGCAGGUUUUAGAACAAAAGCUACUGAGCUACAUCAUGUAAUGUACAGAAUGGGAUUGUUGGCUGUGCUGAGAGCAAGGUACAAAAAAGCUGUAGUAGGUGUUAUGAUCACUGCUUCCCAUAAUCCUGAAGCAGAUAAUGGAGUGAAAAUAAUUGAUCCGCAUGGAGAAAUGCUGGAAGAAAGCUGGGAAACUUGGGCAACCAAAUUUGCCAAUGUUGUGGAUGAAAAAUUAGAAGAUACUAUAAACGAAUUGAUAAAAGUGUUCAAUAUAGACAACAUGAACGAUAGGGUGGAAGUUGUCAUAGGAAAAGACACCAGACCCAGUAGUCCUGGUUUAGCUAAAGCAGUCCAAGAUGGUGUAUUAGCUUUGUCGGGAAAACCCAUAGAUUAUAAUAUAGUAACUACUCCACAAGUUCAUUAUUUUGUAGUUUGUAAGAAUACUAAUCGAGCUUACGGUCAACCGACUGAAGAAGGCUACUACCGAAAAUUAAUCAACGCUUUUUUGAAGGUGAGGGGGGAUAAUUAUAACACAGGAAAUUAUGAAAAUAGACUGAUGUAUGAUGGUGCUAAUGGUGUAGGUGCUAAAAAGGUGAAAUUUUUGAAAGAGGUGCUGAAGGAUAGUCUCCUUUUAGAAAUGUAUAAUGAUGAAAUCAUCGGAUCCGGAAAAUUGAAUCAUUUAUGUGGAGCCGAUUAUGUCAAAUCGCAACAAAAAUUCCCUAACGGACUUCCCAAGGAGAAAAACACUCGCUGUUGUUCUGUAGAUGGAGAUGCCGAUCGUAUUGUUUAUUAUUAUUUAGAUGAUAAUGAAAAGUUCCAUCUGUUAGACGGUGACAGAAUCGCUACUUUGGCCGCUGCUUAUCUCAAAGAAAUCUUACAAAAAACUGGUUUGAAUUUGAAAAUCGGUUUGGUACAAACCGCUUAUGCCAAUGGAGCUUCCACUGAGUAUAUAUCCAAAAAUUUGAAUGUACCUGUGGCUUGCGCAUCAACUGGAGUAAAACAUUUACAUAGAUUAGCCUUAACUUAUGACAUAGGUGUAUAUUUUGAGGCUAAUGGACACGGUACCGUCGUAUUUAGUGAUGAGGCUAAGAAAGCGUUGGCAACUUCCUCAAAAAGUGACAGUCGAUCUACUGAACAGAAAAUGGCUUGUAAUAAAAUGUUGAAUUUAAUAGAUUUAAUAAAUGAGACUGUAGGGGACGCCAUAUCCGAUAUGUUGUUGGUCGAAACAAUAUUACACGAAAGAGGUUGGAACGUUAAACAAUGGGAGGAAUGCUAUACGGAUUUACCGAACAAAUUAAUGAAAAUCACCGUCAAAGAUAGGAACGUGAUCACAACAACCGACGCUGAACGAAUAUGCGUCACGCCGAAUGGUCUCCAAGACGAAAUCAACUCCAUAGUAUCAAAAUAUACAAAAGGAAGAUCCUUCGUCAGACCAUCGGGUACUGAAGAUAUAGUUCGGGUUUACGCUGAAGCCGCUACAAUAGAACAAGUCGAUAAACUAGCUAAUGAAGUAGCUAAGAAAGUUUACGAAUUAGCUGGCGGUAUAGGGCCUAUACCGGAAUGACUCAAUUUUAAAAGUGUAAUAAGUAAUUAAUCUAGAGCAAUCAAGUCAGGAAUAUUCGAUCACUAAUUCACCGAAGGUAAAUAAAUAUGUAUACCUAACUUGCUUAUUAAACUUGAAUGGAUUAUUCGCAUCGAUAAUUAUUUUGAAAUUUGAGUCUGGCUUUCAUUUAUCAUCAACUGUAACCAAAAGCUACUGGUCAAUAUCGAGUUUUUUUUCUUUAUAGAUUUUAAUAAAAAGUGAUUUUAGAUGUGGCCUUAGUUUGUUCGAAUUAUCCAUAGUUUUGGUUCAACUUUUAUUUUAUAAUAUAUAAAACCUCUAUACAUGAGAUAUGUAUAGAUAAAUCUUAUAUAUAUCCUUCUUACCAAAUUUUACAGACUUCCUGGGUGGCUAGCUUUACCUUAGUCCUAUUACACCAUUUUUUUAAUUAUAUUUAGCCUCUUCCUGAGUUCUGCUCAAACUACAACUCUCUUAUAAUCUUUUUGGUGGUAUGUCUAAUUUUUUUUUGUUUGUACAGUUUGCGCUUCUGUUUUCUGCCAUUCUUUCGAAAUAAUCUUUACGUUCUGUGUCCCAAUUCACCUCAUCAUAAAUUUCCAGUUCACUGAUACCCUGACUAUUCAUUUUGUAUUUGGGGUUCACACCAUUAUUUCUUUUCAUUGCAGUUGUUUUCAUUAUUAUUUUUGUUAUUCUGCAUAUGUGAGACUAGGUCUUACAUAUGUUUCGUAGAUUCCCAUCAUGCUUAGUAUACUCAUUACAUUUUUUUUCAAUAUUAUUUCUCUGAAACUUUGGAUGUUUCUGUCACUUAAGUAGUUUUUUUUCUAUUAGUAAUCAGGAAUAGAAAAAUAUAAACGCAAAAUACACAAUGGGAUCUAAUAAACCUUCACACUACUUUGCUAGCUGGUUGCUAAAAGAAAUAGUACUAUUUACAUGAAGAUUUAAUGUUCUUACAAAUCUGCUUGUGUUGUAUCAAUUAUAAAAAACUGAUUCCUAAUGUGGCCCUAGUUUGUUUGAAUUAUCCAUAGUUUUGGAGAAACUUGCUUUUUAGACAAAUCCUUUGCAAACUGAUUCACGAAACUUAAUUUUAUAUGUAGAUAUAGGAUUUUUUGAAUCUAUAAGAUUUUUUGUAGAAUAUUCUUCUCACCAAGUUUUACAAACUUCCUCACCGGCUAGGCUAUAAUUUCAAAUAUUUAGCCUUCUCCUAAGCUCUUCUUAAGAAACUCCAUAUAAUCUUUCUGGUAGUCUGUUUAGUGGUCUCUAUGUGUUUGGUUCCUAGUUUGUUGCCCAUUUGGUCCAUCUGUUUUCUAGUUUUGUUUCGACAUGAUCUCUCGUUUACGUUCUAUAACCCAUCUCACCAUAUACUGAAUUCCCAGUUGCUUCUCCUCUUUCUUUGGUCCACCUGCUGCAUUCAGCAGAUUAGUUUUGAUUAAACUAAAUAGAAAACAAAUUUUAAUAGGUUUGUUGCUAUAUCUAUUUAUAUAACUAAAAUUUUGUCAUUAUAACCAAUUCUUAUUUAUUCAAUUCACAUUUGGAAAUUUGUAAGACAUCAAACCCUGAUUAUUACUAAUCAGGAUCAUUUUUCUCACUUUCAAUCUUGAUGUUAUACCCACUAUUUUGGUCUGUUCAUCAUCAACGUUCCCCAUCCUCUUACAUUUAUGGUUUGUAGGCUUCAUAAACUUUUAUCAGUUCUGAUACGGUGUCUGCCCCCUUUUUCUAUUACUGUAUAUUUUGGCAUGUUUCUCUUAGCCAUCUGUUUUUUUUUAUUUGAUCCAAUUGGUGUGUAGCUUUUAGAAAUUUCAAGAUUAAUGUAUUUUAUAGUUGGUGAAUUGGAUACAAUAUAGAUACAAUAUGCUCCAGCAUAUUAUUGUUGAUUAAACUCCUCAAAAAAAAAACUGUUUCUACUUAAAAUUAAAAAAAAUAUAUAUAUAGAAAUCAAAUAUUAACUAGUUUUUUUUUUUACUUUUGUUACUGUUUCCAUUCAGAUAAUUACAAUUUUGCAAAAUAAAACAGGAUUUACUUAAAUGACAUAUAUUGUAAAAUUAUUUACUUUAUUGUUAACAAUUUAUGGUUUUUUAAGUCACAUUUCGAAACUUUACAAACAUUAAACCUUUCAUAUUUAUCUAAACUUUCUUUUCAUAGUAGUCUUGAUAUUUUUAUUAAUAGAUAUUAAUAAUUUUUGUUUAAUUUUAAUUAAUUUUUAAUUAGUUAUGAUUACUGAUAUUGCAGGGCUUUAAUUACUAUAUCAACUGGAUAUCAAAACCACAUAUUAUUAUCUAUGUGUUCACACUAUAAAACUAAUUGUAAAUACACAAAAGUCUCAUGUUUAAACAUUGAAAAUUUCUUGUUUGAGAAAAUUUGUGAAUAACAGUUUACACUCAUUUGAAAAUAAAUUUUUUUGUCUAUUUUAAAUCACAUAAUUUUAACAAUAAAUAAUUAGAUAAAACAUCAAAUUCAUGUUUUAUAUGUAUUGUACAUUUACUCUUAUUUGCUUCUUUCAUAAAUCUUCAACCUUGACCUCCUGGAUAGUUCACCUCCACACUGUUCUUCACCAACGUUCCCCUUCCUCUCACAUUCAUUGUUUGUAAGUCUUCAUGAACUUGAUCAGUCCUGAUACAGAGUUUGUAGUCCAUAGGCAUCCGCUUGUCCUCCAUUCUAUCUUCUUACACUUUCAAUUCGUUUUUAUUCUUGGUGAUGUUCCUCAGAAUACUUUCCCUAUGGUGGGUUCCAUUAUUUUAUUUAGUUCUAUAUCAUGCUUCGAACAAUUUCUGGAAACCAAAAAUGCAUAUCGUACAAAAAUAUGUCUUAAUCUAUUCGUGUGCUGUAUUAAAUCCAAUCUAGAUCCUUCUACUUGAUCUUCGCAUAUUACUUCAGGUCAAUUGUGUGAUUUUUAUAAUUUUUCCAAUAAUGUUAAAUUAGAUUUUUAUAAAUGCUUGUCACGUUUAGCCCCUUGUAGUUUUCAUUACAUACAUAUGAAUAUACCUUAGACUUUCCCUAAUUGGAGAAAUAAAAACUGCCUUUUUUUAGUCAAGCUAUGUUCUAGUCACUACCACAUGUAGUUUAGUUGUUUGUGAAUCGUUGAAAAAAAUAUUCGACCGAUUAACUAGGCAAAUUGUUAACCCAGUGAUUACGAAUUAUUAUUUGAUUUACAGAACAAGAUUUAAAAUAAACAAUGAUUGAUAUUUGUUUAUAAUUUGACUUUUUAUAUAUUCUGUUAUUCAAACUUUGUAUAUAUGUUUCAACAGCGCAUUUACAAGCUGUAUAACGAUUUUGUUGGUAUUUUCUUAUAUUGUUUAUAUAACAUUAUGUUUAAGAUUUUUAUUAAUAGCAUCUUCUAUUAUUUAAUAUAUAUGACUUGUUUUUUGUUUUAUUUAUAAGGACUUUUUUUAGCCAAAUUCAUCAACGAUUUUUUUUAUUGUUAAGGGUAAUUUUAAGAAAUAAUCAUUUUUAAUAUAAACAAAAUUAGUAUAUUAUUGCAGCAAAUUAAAUUUCCUUAUUAUACCGCCUUCUCUCCACCUUGUGACUAUUUUCUGUCUCGAAAAUGAUCUUUGGGGAAGUGAUUUUGGAAAUCUGAAGGACGUAAUCGAUCAUUUAAAAGCUAUAUCAGCUGAAGACUUCUAGUGCUACUACCAAGGAGAACUUCUUCAGUUUAUAACUAACCGAGGAGACUAACAUUAUUUAAAUUCCCGUUUUGAUUGUUAGUGGAAAUUUUUAACCUCAAAAUACAUUUUUGCUAUUCCUCAACCAAUCUCUCCACCCUAUUUAAGACCUCGUUACUAUUUUCUGUACCGAAAUUUAUACAAGUCUUUGAAGGAAGUGAUAUGAGGACAUAACCGAUCAUUUGAUAGCUUUACCAGCUGAAGACUUCCAAUGCUACUACCAGGGAGGGUUUCUUUGGUGUAUAUCACACCGAGGAGAUUACUUUGAAGAGAAUAACUAUUUCCUAGAUUGUCCAAUUCAUUGCAAUCAUACGGAUUUUAUAUAUGAAAAAGUAAUUUACUGAUCACAGUUCAUUAUGUAUUUCCUAAAACAGAACUACAGGUUAAGGCACAAUGUUUUUAUUCCCUUAUCACUGUUCCUUAAAGAACGGGAUUACUAAAAACCCCUUUUAUAUAUAAUGUUCUCUUGUAUUAUCAAAUGCUUAAACAAUUAUCUUUUUCUUCCUUUGAAUUAAAAACAAGUAUAGAGAGCGAUAAAAAAUUGUUCAUAUUUAAACGAACCUUCUUAUUUCCCUUGUAACAUGGCACUGAGGAACUUGGAAAUGUUCUAAUACCUCCAAUUGGGAGUAUAAUCAGCGCAUGACAAGGAUAAGUUUACAGAUGAAUUUAGAAAAAUAUCACAGUUGAAAUCCCUGUUAUGUUCAUAUUUGUAUUCAUUUAAAUUACUAUGUUCAAGAAUAAGUCAAGAGACAGACAGUUUCGUCCAAGUAAAAGUUUUAAUACCAGUUGAAUUCUUAGGAUGUGAAAUUAUUUCUAAUUUUGCAUAUAACAUUACAUUAAUUUUAUAUUGUAUCCUUAAUAAUUUGAAAUUCAAUUUGCUGCUUUUGUUAUAAAAAAAACUUUCAAAUAUCUCAGGACUAAACUAAUUAAACUAGAAGUGUAUAUUGAUAAGCCAUAAAAUAUACCUUGUGGAAAGUUUUCUGUAAAAAAUUUAUUUAUACUAAAAUUGUCUUCAAAUGACAUUUAAAAGUAAUAACACCACAACUAUUAUGAUCUAACUGCAGAAAACUAUUUGUAUUUUUUUUAUAAAUUUAAAAAAAUGAGAUCAUUAACAAAUAUUAAGUGAAAAUAAUGUUUUUGUACUUACUUUUUUAAUAGAUUGCCUACCUAAAAAUUAGGAAUUGACUCAUCUACAAGGUACAAUGCAUAACUUUCCUUUUAAUAACUAAAUUAAAUCCAUUGUAUAAAUCAGAAGCUUUUUAAUAUACAGACACAAGUGCAAAGUUUUUAAUUUUCAAAGAUCAAACCAGUUAAGUACAUCUCCUAUUCUCCAUACACCGAGUAAACCGAUGGCAUUUGUCAUCAUAUAAGGUUUUAUUGUCCAGUUUUUCCUGGAUGUUGAACUUUUAAUCUAAUGAUAUCCUUGGAUGUCUCUUGUUAUACAUCUAUUUUCAAACAUACUGUCCUUUAAAUCCAACAUAAACACAUAGCUAUUGAAGAAUUAAUUACCUCAUUCAACCAGGGACCAAUAAUUCCACAUGAGGAAAUUGCACCUACACUUCAACUAGGAGAAUGAACUGUACCAGGACAAAACUGUGUCGUUGAAUCUUGAUCAAAAGUCACUAUAUUAACCAAUUGCAUGGCGUGAAUUAAAAAGAAAGGAAGUUAUGUGACCAUACCCUGUACUUCAAACAUAUUGCAGCUUUUAGAAAGCUUCCUAAUAGCUAGCUCCUGAAUAUUUGACCAAGUACUGCCAUAUUUGGUAUAUAAGGAAACUUUGGUACAUCUUAGUUUUGUAUGUGAAAGCCUAGUCUUGCUAUAGAUGCAAUAUUUAUUGUACCAUGAUUAAAUUGCAUUUUUUUAUUAAAAAUAUGAAUAUUUCGUAAAUGGUUAUAUCGCAAACAAAAAAUUCUUUAUUUACUGCUGUAACUAUUUUAAUAAUACAUUUUUAACUUUUA